AUGUACUGGGUUCCCUUUGAAAGAGGGUUUUCUUUCAUCAAAAAAAACGGAUCAAACCCUGUUUUAUUUGAACUUACGGAAAUGUUAAUAAAUUUGGCAUGUGUGUUUAUUGCAUUAAUUGACAAGUGUUUUUCCAAUGACCUGUAUUUUGUUUCACUCAAAGCAGAAGAAUCAAUUGACCACUUUAUGGAAUAUGAUAAAAGAUACCCAAAGCAUUUGCAAGUGCGAGAUUUUAUUAGUAACUCAAUUGCAAUUGGAGAUUUCAAGGGAUUUUCAGGUAGAUUUUCCAAAGAUAUUAUUGACAGACUAAAAAGAUGUCCUUUGGUUCAAGAAAUAACCGAAGAUAUUAUGUUUAAUGCACUUGAUUUUGAAAUCCAGGAGGAUGCGCCGAGACAUUUAGCCAGAAUAAGCAGAAGGAGAAGAAUGAAGCCAAACAAGCCCUAUCCUUAUAUGUACGAAACUGAAUAUCUGGGACAAGGUGUAAAUGCAUAUGUGAUAGAUUCUGGAAUUGAAGUUGACCACCCUGAAUUUCAAGGAAGAGCAAGUGCAGGCUAUGAUUUUACCGAGGAAGGAUCUGGAGAUAAUAACGGACACGGGACUCAUGUAGCUGGGUUGAUUGGUUCUGCCACGUAUGGGGUUGCAAAAAAUGUCAGAAUAGUUGAAGUGAAAGCAUUGAACAGUAAAGGUGCUGGCUCACUCAGCACGAUUUUAGCAGCUAUUGAUUUUGCAGUUAACCAUAGAAUAGAAUCUGGUAGAAAGGGGGUUGCUAAUCUAUCUUUGGGAGCAUACAAGAAUCAUAUUUUAAACAAGGCAAUUGAGCAGGCAACCAAUACGGGAUUAGUAUUUGUGGUGGCAGCAGGGAAUUCGAAUAUUAACGCUUGUAUGACCAGCCCAGCAAGUUCCAAAUAUGCAAUUACAGUAGGUGCUAUAGAUGAUUACACCGAUUCAGUCACUGCUUUCUCUAACUGGGGUGAAUGUGUUGACAUCUUUGCAAGUGGUGCAUAUGUCCGAAGUGUCGAUGCACGUAACCACGACAAGACACAAGUUUUAUCAGGUACUUCUAUGGCUUCACCUAUAGUAACAGGUAUGGUCGCCAACUUGUUGAGCCAAAAUGUUGAAUCAUGGAAAGUUAAAUCAGUCUUAAUUCGAAUGGCUGCUAAGAAUAAGAUUACCAAGACAUCUUUGUUUUUAAGGAAAAAGACUCCAAACAGAAUUUUAUACAAUGGUGUUCAAGAGAGGGAACUAGAAAAUAAUGAAGACGACUAA